AUGCUCAGCAGCUUGGAUAAUCUUUCGAGCUCAGAAGCACAGGCGGCACCUGUUGCUCACCGACUCAACGUCCAACUCUUCAACCAUCUAGUUCGACUACGCCGAAUCGGCGGCCGUGUGCUGGAGUCAGUCUAUAUCGCCAGAGGACCCGAUGGCCGGGCGUCCAAGACCACGUUUCAACAAAUUUGUGAUGAAAUCGAGAAGAUUCAACAAGAACUACAAAGCUGGAAGCGAGAUAUUGAAGGUCUGGACGUCAAGGGCACGCGGGAAUACUCGGAGAUGAAGGUCGAGCACACCAAGACUAUGGCUCGAGAUGCCGAUGCACACGUGCUCCACGCCCAUGGAAACGACGUGGCUGCAUGCAUCGAUCUUAUUGAACGCGGCAUUGCUUGGAUGAAAGAGGACUAUCUCCUCAAGCACCGCGAUCUUCUGCAAGCCGCGAGACUCAAAGUAUACGGGCCCUUGGCCUGGGAACCGACGAGCCCUCAAACACGUUUUACGGACUUGAGGCCGCCGGCUGGUACUGCUGACACCCUCGGCAUAUUCGAACCGGACGACAUGCAAUCUCAGCUCUUUUUCCAAGGGGAGGGAUUGGAAACCUAUGUCAACCAGGUCACGGGGUAUUUCGACAGCAGCCAGGUCAACUUGGACGACGGCCUGACGGCGUGGUAUGGUUCGUUCCUGGACGAAUUCCAACCAACCCAAACUGCCCAGCAGGAAUGA